AUGGAGUUCGAAAUUUGUUCCUCUGACACCUACACAGGAGGAAUAUUCAAGUCGUGCAUAAGAUGGAAGAGGCGUGCAGAGACAUCACAAAGGCUCGACUUUCUGACGGCACGGGUUACCGGCGUUGUAAGAAUAAACAGGAAGGAGGUCAGGUUCCUGGAGUCUGUUCCUGUUGAGCUCCCAGUGGAAGAGAGCCAAGAGACUGUCUACAGAUGCGUCAUACCAAGGAAUGCUCUCCCCUCGAUGCAGCUGAAAAGUCUCGAAGUGAUCUACAUGAUAACCGUUGAGGCGUACUACGGAGCGAUGAAAGAGAUAGAGACAAGAGUAUUUGGCGUUCAUCCUGUAGGAUUCGAACCCUCGAAGAAGAUGGAAGGCAUUGUAGUCCAUGCAGACAUGAUCAGAGUCGGGGAUGGCGAUGGCACAGCAUUUGGGGAGAUAGUUGGGCGCCUGAGAAACGGAUUUGAAUGUAGCGACGGGACGAUUGAGGAGGUGGCAAGGCAGAAGAUGCAUCUUCUUGAGGACUUCCCCAGAACCAUGAACGAAACCGUUGAGAGAUACAGACUGGAAAACAAAGGAGACAUAUACUUCUAUGUGUCGAUGGAAGGCUCUGCAGUCGAGAACGGGAGGCACAGGGUCGUUGCAAGAAGUGCUGAGAAGGAUAUUGCCAGAAUCGAAUAUGGGCUGUAUCUUGUGAAAGACGAGGUGAUGGUAAUACGGUACGAAAGAAAUGCCAAAUCAACCAAAAUAACGCUGAAGAUAACCGAGUACAUCAAUGGAGAGGUCGCACAUGACGAGGAGAGGGUGCUAAAGGAGUUCAACUCCGACAUGUGUCUCUACAAGACAGUCCCACUCAAGAUUGAAGAAGACUGCUUUACUUUUGACUGCAUGCUGUUUUCCAUAAGGUUUUUGUACAAGGUAGAGCUCGAUGGCCUCACCUUUGUCUUGCCAAUAAACAAGGCUUCUCCAAAGGCAAAAAUAAACAUAGACCAGCUGUAA